AUGAAGACCAAGUUGUGGAUCUUCCCCCGGGGCAUGGCCCGCGACGGCGGUGUGGGCGAGGGCUCUCUGCAGUGGACCUCCAAGUACGGAUCGGUGGUGGCCUCCAGCUACGACAUUGCCACCACCGAUGGCAUCAACGAAGCUGGCUUAGUGGGGAAUGUGCUCUAUCUCGCUGAGGCACAGUACGGAACUGCAAAACGGCAAGGGCAGAAGAAGAUCUCCAUGGGUGCCAUGCUGCAACACAUCCUGGACAACUUCGGAACGGUCCGAGAGGCUGUGGACUUCAACCGAGGUGAUAAUCUUUGUGUGAUAGCUCCUGAUUUGCCGAAUGGUGAGAAGACCACUGUCCAUGUUUCCAUCAGUGACGCAAAGAACGACUCGGCUGUCUUCGAGUACAUCGACGGACAACUGCGGAUUCAUCACGGCUCAGAGUAUCGAGUGAUGACCAACUCCCCUCCCUACGACCGACAGGUGGCCUUGGCCAAUUAUUGGACCGAGAUCGGUGGCUACACCUUCUUGCCGGGCACCCACCGGGCAGCCGACCGCUUCGCACGGCUGAGCUACAAUUUGCACGCGGUGCCCAAGGUGAACCAGUCGCGGCAGGCGGUGGCCACCGUCUUCUCGCUCAUGAGACAUAUCAGUGUGCCCUUGGGCAUCACAGCUCCUCAAAAGCCCAACUUGGCGUCGACCUUGUGGCGCUCUGUGGCGGAUCACACCCGCUUGGUCUAUUAUUUCGAAUCGGUGACCGCACCAAGCGUUUUCUGGGUCGACUUGAGGCUUGGCAAAGUGAAACUGACCGAGCUGCAUGUGGGACAGUCACCCUCUGGUGGUCUGGUUUGGGAGCUCUUGAAUCUGAAGGCUAUUGAAGUCUAUGAUGCCAGCAGAAGUUGUGGACCUUUGCGGGCGAUCUUUGGCUUCAGUUUCCGCCCGCUGCCACCCAAUGUUUCAGGGCUGAAGGGCUCCCGACAGGCACGGAAGGGCACCGCCAGGUGCAAGAUGGGGGGCGAGAACGCGAUGUCGGGCAUGGGCGCCAUGGCGGCCCAAAUGUCGGCGAUGGGCGCAAUGGCCCAAGGCUUCGGCAAGGGCAAAGGGAGCUGGGAUGGCAAAGGAAAGGGCAGCUGGGGUGGCAACAGCAAGGGCGGCUGGGGUGGCGACAGCUGGGGUAUGGAUAAUGGCGCAGGCAAAGGCGCCAUGAUGGCCUGGAUGCAAAAGGGCAUGCAGAUGAUGAUGUCCAAGGGCAUGGGCAAGAUGGGCAAAGGAAAGAAAGGCGGUGGAUGGACGGCGCCCGUCGGAGGCACCUUCACGUGCGCGGUGCAUGGGAAGCAACGAAGUGCCAACGCAGUGAUUGAAGUUGGCGAUGGAACUUACCAAUGCAGGCCCGACUCAGAGUGCAAAGGCACCAAUGGGCCGAAAGUGAAGUCCGCCAUGUGCUCCUUCAACGCGGAAGGAAGAUGUACCAAGGGAGAGAUGUGCAACUUUGCACACACUCCCGAUGAGAUUGGCAUGCCCUGCCCCGAAGGUGCCUCUUCUCGCUACAUGCCGUAUUGA